AUGCCAAUUUCAUUGUUCUUUCCAGUGGACGCAGUCUAUGCAGCAGCACACGCAAUUCACAACAUCAUUCAGGACGAAUGCGGGACCGAUCCUUUUUAUUUUUGUGACGAACUGAAACCCGCCCCUCUCGGACCGCAGCUUUUAAAGUAUUUAAGGAAUGUUUCAUUUAUUGGUCGCCAAGGGACCGAAAUUAGAUUUAAUGCAGAUGGGGACGCUUUCGGAAGUUACAACAUCUAUCAAUAUCAAAGACAUCCCGACGGAAAAUACGAUUACAUACAAAUUGGAACUUGGAAAGAAAUGUUGGAAAUGAAUUUGUCAAAGCUGCAAUGGAAAGACGUCGACGACACUCCUAAAUCUGUGUGCAGCGAUCCCUGCCCAUCUGGACACAUAAAAAAUUACCAGGAUCAAUGCUGCUGGGUUUGUGUAUCUUGCAGAGAAGACGCCUAUGUCUAUAACGACACUUGUCGAUCUUGUUCGCCCGGAUAUGGACCAAAUGCAAAUAAGACUGGCUGUGUAAAAAUAAAAGCGUUAAUUUUAGAGUGGUUAAAUCCGUGGGUGUUAGUUCCGGUAGUAUUUAGCUCAAUUGGUAUAUUAUCUACACUAUUUACUAUCGCUGUAUUCAUUCGAUAUAACAAAACUCCCGUGAUUAUGGCGUCGGGACGGGAGCUGUGUUACGUACUUCUUUGCGGCGUUUUAUGUUGUUACUCGAUGUCUUUCGUAAUAUUAGCGAAACCUUCGGUCGAAACUUGUGCUGUGAUGCGCGUUGGUCUUGGUCUAUGUCUAAGCGUUUGCUAUAGUGCCAUUUUUACUAAAACGAAUCGAAUUUCCAGAAUUUUUAAUCGGGGCGUUAAAACCAUUAAGAGGCCUAUCUACACGUCCCCAAUAUCACAGGUCGUAAUAGCUUUAGGAAUCGUAUCCAUACAACUGAUUGGAGGAAUAGUGUGGUUGGUUAUCGAACGGCCUGAUAUUCGAGAAAUUUAUCCGUAUCCACUUACGGCCGUCUUGACCUGCAGGGUGUCAACGUUUUCGCUGGUCAUGUCUUUGGUUUAUAACAUGAUUUUAAUAAUAAUGUGCACUUGGUAUGCUUUUAAAACAAGAAAAAUUCCAGAGAAUUUCAACGAGGCCAAGUAUAUUGGAUUUACGAUGUACUCGACUUGCAUCGUUUGGCUUGCAUUUCUACCCAUCUACUUUGGAACAAAUAAUGAUUACACGAUUCAAAUAGUCAGCAUGUGCAUGUGUCUGAACAUCAGUGCAACCGUUGCUUUGGGGUGCCUCUUCACGCCAAAAGUUUACCUGGUCCUCUUUCAACCCUACAAAAACGUUCGACAAGGAAAUGGCUGUCAGAUUGGAGGUGCAGAUCGCAACAGGCCGGCUUAUAGCAUGAGAUUCACCGGGCCCAAAUCUCAAACAAUGCAAUCGGUGACGAGCAAUUCAAAAUCGUCUCCGAGGUUGGGUCCAAAGCACGCGAAUGGCGAUCCGAGCAAUGUACGCAAUCCUAGUGUUGUGGAAAGCUCAAGUAUAUCUACACUGCGCUUAAAUAUAUCAGGGAUGAGCUGCACUUUUCAGAGAGAAUUAAAGUUUGUUUGUAACUUUUUGAGUACCAUAUGCAUUAGCAGGCAUUACGUCUGA